GCCAUAAAAACCAGUAAACUCUCUCCCUCUUCUCUCUCUCUCUCUCUCUCUCUCUCUCUACGAAAGUAACGCCGUUUGAACCGGACCACCAAUCUAUCUUCCCUCACCAAUUUCACCGUUUUCAUUUUCAGCGCUUUAUUGUUGUUCCUCUUCCUUUUCUUCUGCUCAUUUCCCUCUGAUUUUAGGGUUCUGAUUUCUGAUUUCUUGCAGAGAAGCUUCUUGUUCGUCUUCUUGCAUCCCCAAGAAUCACCCUUCUUUUUGUUGUCCUUUUGAAUUGAAGUCUAUGACUUCCUCUACUUCUGUGAAGAAGAACUUCUUGCCUCCGGGCCUUGUUUCCAAUCUUGAAGAUGUCCUACGCAGCAGGAAGGGCGCGGGGGAACCAGGCGCUGAAUCCAAGGAUGCCACUGCAUCCGCCGAGCCUUCCUCUCCUACUUCUGAUGCCAAUCUUGAGGUUUCCGGAACUCCCAAGCCCAUUAUUCUUGUUACUAAUAGCGAAGGAAUCGAGUCUCCUGGACUCACUUACCUCGUUGAAGGUCUUGUUCGAGAAGGUUCAUACAACGUCCAUGUCUGCGCUCCGCAAUCGGACAAAUCAGUGUCAAGUCAUUCUGUGACUCUACGAGAAACGGUUGCCGUGAGUUCUGCUGAAAUAAACGGUGCCACAGCCUACGAAGUUUCGGGAACACCGGUAGAUUGUGUGUCAUUAGCACUAUCUGGAGCUCUUUUUUCCUGGUCAAAGCCUCUUCUGGUAAUUAGUGGAAUUAACCGGGGAUCGAGCUGUGGUCAUCAUAUGUUGUACUCAGGCGUUGUUGCUGGAGCGAGGGAGGCAUUAAUUUGUGGUGUACCAUCUAUAUCAGUAUCUCUGAAUUGGAAGAAGGAUCAAAGCCAAGAAAAUGAUUUCAAGGAUGCUGUUUCGGUCUGUUUGCCUUUGAUAAAUGCAGCUAUAAAUGAUAUAGAAAAGGGAAAUUUCCCUAAAAGUUGCGCUCUCAACAUUGAAAUACCUACAUCUCCUUUGACAAACAAGGGAUUUAAAUCAACAAAGAGAAGUCUGUGGAGAUCUACUCUGAACUGGCAGGCUGUAUCGGCCAGCAGGUAUUCUGCUGGACAUUUUAUGUCCAAUCAGCAAAGUCUUGGUCUUCAGCUUGCACAACUUGGUCGAGAUGCCUCUGCUGCUGGAGCUGCUCGCCGCUUAACAACACAACGGCAGAAUAUCGUGGAAAUUGAGUCAACUGGAGCAGUGGGAAAAUCUGAUUCUGAGCGGGUGAAGAAGUUCUUCCGAAUGGAGUUUCUGGAUAAGGAGCAGGAUAACAAGAAGGACGAUGAUCUGGAUUUUAGAGCCCUUGAAAAUGGAUUUGUCGCAGUAACCCCUCUUUCCCUCACCCCCAACAUUGAUCUGGACAUCCAAACAGCUGCCUCUGAUUGGAUCUCCACUGCACUUCAUCCGGCGGCGCAAUAAGUCGGACAGUCCCUUUCCGGCGGCAAUGAUUUGUGUACAUCUAGAGUUCGGCUCACUACCCUAAAUUUUUUUGUUCUUCUUUUGUGGGUUUCACAUUCUGCUCAUUCUGGUUUACGGCUUUCAUUCUCCAUUGAUAUUCCCUGCCCCCACGUUCUCAAUAUAUAUAUAUAUAUAUUUUGUAGUCUUGUUAGUUGUUCCCUAUUGAUUCAUGUAGUUAGUAAAAGUACUUGCUUGCUGCAAUCUGUUUGGCAUGUUUUAUAAAAUGCCAGUUUGUAAACUGCAAGUGGAAAUUUGUGGUCUGGAUUGAUUCUGUUUCAUUUCAUCUCCUACAUCUUCUGCAGUUUCUCAGAA